AUGAUGGCUGCUUGCGAUCCACGCCGUGGUGUCUACCUUACAGCCUCCGCUCACUUCCGUGGCCGUAUGUCAUCUAAGGAAGUCGAUGAGCAGAUGCUUAACAUCCAGGCUCGUAACACAUCCUACUUCGUCGAGUGGAUCCCAUCCAACGUCAAGUCAGCUAUCUGCGAUAUCCCACCACGUGGUCUCAAGAUGGCUGCUACAUUCAUCGGCAACACAACAGCCUUCCGUGAACUCUUCACUCGUGUCGACUCCCAGUUCCAGAAGAUGUACGCUCGCCGUGCUUUCAUCCACUGGUACGUCAACGAAGGCCUCGAAACAGUCGAAUUCGAUGAAGCUCGCUCCAACAUGACAGAUCUCAUCCAGGAGUACGAAAUGUACGAAACAGCCGGUGUCGAAGAACAGGGCGAAGGCGAAGAAGACGAGGAAGGUGAAGCCGCCGCUUAA